AUGCUCGGAGCUAAGUCUGUUUUGCGCAAUUCUGCCCACCCGCUGCGCCAAUUUGCGCGCAUGAACUCCAACAAAGUUCAGGGCCAAGUCAUUGGUAUUGAUUUGGGUACCACGAACUCUGCGGUGGCCAUCAUGGAGGGUAAGGUGCCAAAGAUUAUCGAAAAUGCCGAAGGUGCCAGAACCACACCAUCGGUGGUGGCUUUCACCAAGGACGGCGAGCGUUUGGUGGGUAUCCCAGCCAAGCGUCAAGCCGUGGUUAACCCGGAAAACACUUUGUUUGCCACCAAGCGUCUGAUUGGUCGCCGUUUCGAGGACACCGAGGUCCAAAGAGACCUCAAGCAAGUCCCUUACAAGAUCGUGAAGCACUCCAAUGGAGACGCCUGGCUCGAAGCCAGAGGGCAAACCUACUCGCCUUCCCAAAUUGGUGGUUUUGUGUUGAACAAGAUGAAAGAAACCGCCGAGUCCUACCUAGGCAAGAACGUCAAGAAUGCUGUGGUCACUGUCCCAGCUUACUUCAACGACUCUCAAAGACAAGCCACUAAGGAUGCUGGACAAAUUGUCGGGUUGAACGUGCUACGUGUCGUCAACGAACCUACUGCUGCCGCUUUGGCUUACGGUUUGGAGAAGUCCGACACCAAGGUUGUUGCUGUCUUCGACUUGGGUGGUGGUACUUUCGAUAUCUCCAUCUUGGACAUUGACAACGGUGUGUUCGAGGUCAAGUCCACCAACGGUGACACUCACUUGGGUGGUGAAGAUUUCGACAUCUACAUGCUAAGAGAAAUCGUUCAAAACUUCAAGAAGGAGUCUGGUAUCGAUUUGGAAAAUGACCGUAUGGCCAUUCAAAGAAUCAGAGAGGCCGCCGAAAAGGCCAAGAUCGAACUGUCCUCAACUGUGGCCACCGAGAUCAACUUGCCUUUUAUCACUGCUGAUGCCUCUGGCCCUAAGCACAUCAACAUGAAGUUCACCAGAGCUCAAUUCGAAUCUCUAACCGAACCAUUGGUCAAGAGAACCGUUGACCCUGUCAAGAAGGCUUUGAAGGACGCUUCCUUGAGCACCUCUGAUGUUUCCGAUGUUAUUUUGGUCGGUGGUAUGUCCAGAAUGCCAAAGGUCGUUGAGACCGUCAAGUCUCUAUUCGGUAAGGAACCUUCCAAGGCCGUCAACCCCGAUGAAGCUGUCGCUAUUGGUGCCGCCAUUCAGGGUGCUGUUUUGGCUGGUGAGGUCACUGACGUCUUGUUGCUAGAUGUGACCCCCUUGUCCUUGGGUAUCGAAACCUUGGGUGGUGUCUUUACCAGAUUGAUCCCAAGAAACACUACUAUCCCAACCAAGAAAUCUCAAAUUUUCUCUACCGCUGCUGCUGGUCAAACCUCGGUGGAAAUCAGAGUCUUCCAAGGUGAAAGAGAACUGGUUAGAGACAACAAGUUGAUCGGUAACUUCACUUUGUCCGGUAUUCCUCCAGCUCCAAAGGGUGUUCCACAAAUUGAGGUUUCUUUCGACCUAGAUGCCGAUGGAAUUAUCAACGUCUCUGCUAGAGACAAGGCUUCCAACAAGGAUGCUUCCAUCACUGUUGCCGGCUCGUCUGGUCUUUCUGACUCCGAGAUCGAACAAAUGGUUAACGACGCUGAAAAAUACAGAGAGCAAGAUGAAGCCAAGAAGAAGUCCAUCGAAUCUUCCAACAAGGCUGAUCAACUUGCCAACGAUACCGAAAGCUCUUUGAAGGAAUUUGAAGCCAAGAUUGACAAGGCCGAAGCCCAAAAGGUCAAGGACCAAAUCACUUCGUUGAGAGAAAUUGUUGCCAGAGUGCAAUCUGGUGAAGAAGUCGAUGCCGAAGAAUUGAAGACUAAGACCGACGAAUUGCAAACUGCCUCCAUGAAGUUGUUUGAGCAAAUGUACAAGAACGAUGCUGCUAACAACUCUAACCCUGAAGGUGGUGAGCCUAAGCAGUAA